UUAUUUUUUAUUUGUGGUAUAUUUUGUGGUUCGAUUACGGUACUCCAUACAAAUAAUAUGGCGGGUUGUUGCGUGUUCUGUCAUGUUGUGGGUCGUUUAUUAUAAUCUUUUCACUGCUUUUCAUAUCAGGACUGGUCAUAUAUUUUAGUAAAUAUAAUGUUAAUUUGCAGUUUUUUAUAUUUUAUUAUGUAUUGAUUCGAUGAAUUUAUUUUUGGACAUAGCUUUUUUAUGAGGUUAAAUAUUUAUUUAUAUUAGUGUUUUUUAUGAAUUAAUAAAAAUGAGUGACAGGAUUAUUGUCCUUGUGGACAUGGAUUGCUUCUACUGUCAAGUGGAAGCACGAUAUGAUCCUAGUCUCAAAGGAAAACCUAUGGCUGUGGUGCAGUAUAAUCAGUGGCAGGGAGGGGGUAUUAUUGCCGUGAAUUAUGAAGCACGGGCGUUUGGUGUGACCAGGCAUAUUCGUGGCAAUGAAGCAAAGAAAAAAUGCCCACAAAUAAAAUUGGUGCAUGUACCAUCUAUUCGAGGCAAAGCAGACCUUACUAGAUAUCGAGAAGCAGGACGUGAAGUUGUGGAUGUUUUAUGUCGUUUCUGUGAUACUGUGCAGAGAGCUAGUGUGGAUGAAGCAUACCUUGAUAUUACUCAAACUGUUAAUGCUCGAUACAAAGAGCUUAAAGGGACACAUGUGAAGUCAGAUGAACUCAAAAGUACUUUUAUCGUGGGAUUUUCUCCAGAGGAUUCAAAUGAUGAAGAAGACAGAAAGAAAGGUGUGAUGACCUGGCUCAAUCGAGUCUAUCAGGAUGAGCUACAGGAUGAAACAGCUGAAAAACUGACAAUAGCUGCCCUGCUUGUUGAGGAAAUGCGGGCCGCAGUGUAUGAAACCACUGGUUUCCGGUGUUCUGCUGGAAUUGCUCAUAACAAAAUUUUGGCUAAACUUGCUUGUGGAAUACAUAAGCCUCAGCGACAGACCAUCUUGCCACAAACUGGAGUUCCCAUUUUGUAUCACACUCUUCCUCUCAAAAAGAUAAGAGGUCUUGGGGGCAAAUUUGGAGAUAUGGUAAUGCAACGCUUGAAUAUUACAUAUAUGGGUGAAUUGCAACAGUUUUCUGAAGCACAAUUACAAAAAAUAUUUGAUGAAAAAUCAGGCACUUGGUUGUUUAACAUAGCUCAAGGUUUUGAUGAUGAAGCUGUUACUAGUAAGUUAACAUCAAAAUCUAUUGGUUGCUGCAAAAAGUUUCCAGGAAAAUUGGCAUUAAAUACCAAGGAAACAGUUGAACACUGGCUUAGUGAGCUUGCAGAAGAAGUGGGAGAGAGACUAGAAAAAGAACUCUCUGAGGGCAAUCGAAGAGCUUCUCAAUUCGUUGUUUCCUACAUGCAGACAAUUGAUGGUCGUGAUGUUUCUGCUUCACGUUGUGGUCCCCUUGUCUCUCUUGAACCAAAACAAAUGGUGUUGGAUGCAAUGGAACUGCUGAAAAGAAGCAACACUGCCCCUAGUGAAAGUGCAGUGUGGUAUCCUCCACUGAAAUUUUUAGGUUUGUCUGCAGGCAAGUUUAUUGAGAAAGAUUCAAAAAGCAAAACCAUAGAGAACUUUUUCAAGUUAGCACCAAAAGAAAAAGAGAUUAGCCUUGUGGAAGGUGGCCAAACAAUUCAUGAGAACUUACUUGUUAAAUCAAAUGAAAACCCUUUAACCCCUGAAAAUGCUCCCAAGGAAGAAAAUAUGAAGUCAUCAGGCAAAAAGUCUUUUUUCUUAAGAUUUUUUAAACAAGAAGGAUUGAUAAAAACUCCUUCAUCAAGCAAAGUGGAGAAAGUUGCAGAUGAUAAUAAAAACGAAAUCAGCCACGAGGGGAAAGGGGACAAACAAGAACCUACAGGUACUAGUCAACAAGCCACUACAUCAGAAGGGAUUGCAGGAAUCACUAACAGGGCUCUGCGUCUUUUACAAGUUGAUGAAUCAUCAAAUGAUUCUGACAAACCAAUAGAGCAUUGGGUGAGUCCUGGAGAAAUCUUUCCCAAUUUGGAUGAAGUAGAUGAUGAUGUAGCAGCAUUAUUACCCUCUCCAUUACAACGACAGCUUCGUACUCGUAUCCAAAAACAUCAAGAAGCCAAAAAUGUUGGAAAAAAUAAAGGUUGCGGAAAAGGAAAAAGUAGGAAGUGUUUGGAGUUCAAUGUAAUUGGUACAUCUGCUGUUACAGAUAAUAAUGAUACUGGGUUUAAUCACACUAAAACAAUUAUAAAUGAUGUCUUAGCAGCCUCAGAAGAAAAGGAAAGCUGUGAUUUGUCUGAACAGGCAGAGAAGAGAAAUGAAGAAGAGUCUUAUCCAAAUGUUUCCCAAGAAGACAUUUUUGCUAGUGAUUCAAGUGAUCUUAAAGAAAAAAGUGAUGUGGAAGUUACUGAACUUCCACAUAUUUCAUCUAACAUUGGAAGGAAGGAAACGCACAGCAAACCAAACAAAUCUAAUGAAAAUUCUAAUGGGAGAACAUGUAAUUCAGGUGAGCUAAACUGCAUUCCAAUAAGGCAAGAUGCUCAUUCUAUUUUUGAAAACUCUGCUUCUGACAGUGAGGAAAUUUUGGAAGUUGGAGAAAUUCUCAAAGAACUUUGUCCACAUUGUAACCAACUUAUUUCUCUGCAAGAGUAUCCGGAACAUCUAGAUUUUCAUGUGGCUACAGAUUUAGAUAAAGAAAUCAAUAAAGUACCACUUCCCCAAAAUACCUCUUGUGUUAAUAAAUCACCAGGGAAUUCUCCCAGAAAAGAUGUUGGGAAGCGCAAGAGAGGAAGACCUGGAACUAAACAGAAUGUCCCUGCCACAGACAAGAAAAUGAAAAGCAUAACAGCUUUCUUUGCUCCUGUUAGGUGACGCGAAGUGAUUUAAACUUACGAGUAGUUAUGGCUCAGCUGUGUUUACUAAAAUUAAAUUUGUAUGCUUAGAAAUGUAUAUAUAUUGACAGAAAAUUUAUUGUGAUUUAUUUAAUUCUUGAUAUGUUACAUCAUUUAAAAUGGUUGUGAUGAGUUACAUUUUGCAUACCAAUAGCAAUCUGUUUCUAUGGUCCGUGUGUGUCAUAUUUUAUGUGUAUAUUUAGCUCUGCAAGAAAUAUUAAUAUAUAUUAGUAGUUUUAAAAACUAAAAUAUUGAGCAAAUUCUACUUGUAUUUUCUUAUUGAAAAGGAGUGUUUUAAAAUGAAAGAAAUCAAACUUUUUA